ACUACCACGACAACACCACCACCAACCACCACAACACAACCGCCAACUACCACAACAACACAAUCACCAACUACCACAACAACAACACCACCAACCACCACAACAACAUCACCAACCAUCACAACACAAUCACCAACUCCCACACCACAACCACCAACUACCACAACAACAACAACAACCACCACAACACAAUCACCAACUACCACAACAACACCACCAUCAACCACCACUACACAACCACCAACUACAACAACACCAAUAUCACCAACCACGACAGCACAACCACCCACUACACCAACAACUCUGGCCCUCACAACUGCUGUAUCAACAACUUCUGUCCCCACAACUGCGUCACCUACAACUUCUGCCCCAAUAACUGCAGCACCAAUAACUCUGGCCCUGACAACUGCAGUAUCCACAACUUCUGCCCCGACAACUGCAUCACCCACAACUUCUUCUCAGACCACUGCUGCACACACAACUUCUACCCCGACAACUGCGUCACCCACAACUUCUGUUCAGACCACUGCUGCACACACAACUGCAGUCACCACAACUCUGGCUCCAACCACCACACCUACAGCCACCACAACUGCACCUACCUUACCUCCUGCUACCACAUCUUCAAGUACCACAACAACACCACCAAGCACAACUCCCACAUCCACAACCACCACACCUCCUAGCUCCCCAACAACAAAUCCAUCAGUCGCAACUACACCAGAAACUACUACACUUUCAAGCAACACGGCCACAUCUGAAAGCAGCACAGCUGAAAGCACCACUACCACACCCCCAGCAACCUCACCAGCAUGA